CCGGGCACUUUUAGCCCCUUCCUGCCCAGGCCAAUUUUCAGCUUUCAGUGCUAUUGCACAUUGAAUAAUUGCGUGGUCAUGCAACACUGUACCCAUAUGACAUUUUGUUUCACACAAAUAGAGCAUUCUUUUGAUGGUAUUUAAUCAUCACUGGGUGUUUUUGCUAAACAAAGGAAAAAAGACAAAAAGUUUUGAAAAAAAAAAUGUUUUUCUUAGUUUCUAUUAUAAAAUUUUGCAAACAGUAUCUAAAAAAAAUAGUAAUGAAAAAAAAAGUUUACAAAAUUGAAGAAAACAUUUAUUUUUAUUUAUUUUUUAACAUAUUGACACC